AUGCCUCCCAUGCUUCCUUCUCUACUCGCUCGCACCUGGAACCCUGGCACAACCUCGGCGGAAUUCUUUAACCAGUGGCAUAAUCCUGCCGAUGUCUUUUCGGUGUUGCUGAUUCUCGGGGGUGAUGUUGUGGCUCGGGCAUUGGCCCAACUUUCGGGGUCACGGGUGACGCCUGUCGCGUUCUCUUUUGGAUGGGUUGCUUAUUCUGUCAGCGCUGUUGUGUCUGUCUUUGGGGCAAACAAACUCAUGCCCGCUCCGGAUUGUCCCUGCAUGGUCAUCAAUGGCCAAACAGGAUACGUGCGAGAUAACCACAGCUGGAUCAUUGGUCGGAUGGUUCGAGAUUAUGGAUCUUGGAUGCAUGAUGAUACUCGCCACCAGCUGGAGAGGAUAAUUGUUGAAAGGUGGAACAAGGAAAAGCGUCGAAAGUCCCCUGGAGACCCGGACCCUCCUCGACCUACGCAGACCGGUCUCUGUGUAUCAAUCUACAACUCUGAACGAGUCCUUCCCGGACAUCCUGGCAGAGAUGCAAUCUAUUACUUUGGACUGAUGACUGGUGUCGUCCAGCUUGGUAUUGCAGCUAUCCCAUGUGGUAUACAUGGCAAUUGGGGAAUUAUGGUGAUCACUGCGGUUGGGAUCUUGCUGUCGCUUGUCAUGGGUUCGCUGGGCCAGUGGAAGCAAGAAAAAUGGGCGUGCCGUUCUGGAAAACAGAAUUCAGUGAUUCUGACAAAAGGCAAUGGUAGCCAGCAUGCAAUUGUCGUCUUCGGGGAGGCACGCGGUCUUGAUCUUGAAGCUUUGGCCAUAAGUCCCGCUAUAACGGAUACGCUGACUACAACGGUAACCAGGGUUGUUGUUAUACUGUUAACUCUUCUUUGGGUAUUCCUUCUUAUCGCUGCCUCUGCUUUGAAACAGGAUACCUGGUAUCUGUUAGCGGUCGGGGGCAUUGGAAUGCUCCAGAACAUCCUUGCUGCCGGCGUUUCUCGAACUCCUGAGCAAUUUGGUAUAUCGCUGAGCUUCCAGACAGUCAUUUGCCGGCCAAAGGUCAUGGAGACACUUUUGGAGGUCGAAGCAAAGUACCACGGUGUGGGGCGGAGUAUGCUCGGGGUGUUGUUCCCAGGGAAAUUACGCCCUCAGGAAGAGGAGCUCUGGAAUGAGAUUGCGGUGCGAGCCGCAGCUGCUAUGGAGAAGCCCAAGCUCAGCAACGACCUAGGGGCUGGACAUGAGACCAGCCAAGAGGUGAAAGGCUCGUGAGUUGGCAAGUGUGCAACAUGGAAGAAACAAGUUAGAGGUGUGCUUUGUAGCAAUAUGACUCCUAUCUUAGGGUGAGAAGGACAAGUCUAAUUCCACGCGAUGCAAACCUGGUUACCUGGUUCUCGAUGUGGAAUCAAUGCAUUGGUCCAAUUCAGCAGAACUAUGUAAUAUAUCAGGGUAUUUCCGC